UCUCUCUCUCUCUCUCUCUCUCGCUAUGGACUCGAUUCGCCGCGCGCUCAGCACGUUCACGCUGCGCGGCAGCCCGCCGCCGCUCGUGAUUCCGCAAGACCCUGACAUGGUCGAUGAGAUGGUCUGCGCUGCCAUCAUUGCGAAUGACACGAGACAACUCGCUGCGUUGGCCGACUCGCCCAAAUUCAACGUCAACCUCCAGUUUGGCAGAGCAAGACGAACGUUUCUGCACGUCGCAGUCGGCGUGUCGGCGGUAGACUGCGCGCUGUUGCUGCUCAAGCGAGGCGCGGAUCCUAAUCUGGGAGACGCCGGCGGAAACACCUCUCUGCACCUGGCCGCACGGAACGGACUGAAAAAGGUCAUGAAGGUACUGCUCGAGCACAAGGCAGACCUCACGGCGGCAAACUCGGACGGCUUUACCGUGACGCAUUGGCUUGCCUCGAACGGGCGCCUGGAGCUGAUGAACUACUUGCUGGAUCUCAAGGUGCCCAUGGAGGUGACCGACACCCAAGGCCAGACGCCUCUGCACGUGGCUGCCAUGAAUGGGCAUCGCGAGAUUGUCCAGCUGCUGCUCGACGCGCAUGUCGAUGUCGACAAGAAAGACCGCAAUGGGCGCACCGCGUCCUUCUUUGCCGCGCGCUACGGCCAAACAGACUGCCUACGGCUACUGCUCACGCGUGGAGCAGUGCCAGUGCCCGAUUCUGCGGGCGUCUCGCCGCUGCACUUGACCGUGCGUGGUGGCUUCCGUGACUGCGUGCAUCUUCUCGUCAAGCGCGACCCUUCGCGCUGCCUGGACACUGUCCUGCAGAUUGUUUCGCAACCUGGCAUGGAGGAUGACAAAGCGCUCCCCGUGCUAAAGUACGUGGCCGAAGAAGGAGGCGGCGCCCUGCGUCCAAUGGUCAUGUCCAAGCUGGCCGCGUUCAUUGCCAACGAAGGCCAGCAGCUGCUGUCCUUGCAUUCCGAUGUUGAUGCGGUAUCGUCCAAUUUCAUCCGCAUGGUCAAGUUGUUUGCCGAGCUCUUGCAUGCCUUUGUCUCCUGGCCAGGCAUUGACCAGUACAUUGGAAUUGUGGGGCGCGACGAUGACAAUCCGAGCCCGUUGCCCAAGUCGACGAGCAAUUCGUCAUUUUCAACCUUGUCUUCGCCCUCUGCCACAUCUGGUUUGAGCACGAGCGCGGGCGGUGCAUCGAGCUCCUCCUCCUUCGCCGCAGGAAAUCCCAGCAGCAAUACUACCAGCUCGUUGCCUCGGCGAAACAGCAACACGAGCGGCUUGCGUUUUGGGUUUGGCCAUGCACGCACGAGCAGCGCUACUUCGUCCAACGCCACCACUCCGUCCAACAACAGCAGCAACAACAACGAGGGCUCAAGUAGCAGUAACAACAACAACAACCCGAUGGGCAGCACGAGCAAUUCAGUCCUUGCUCCGAUGCUCGCCGUGUCCACCUCCAGCUCGUCUGGCACAAGUCCGACAGCGCCAGGUCCCGUGUCUUCGCUGGCUGCGCCGUCCACACCUACCCGCAACAACGAAGAGCAACCCAUUGCCAGGUCGGGCUCCAUCUCCAUCCCUUCCCCGUCGAUGGUCAUUUUGGGGGCGACGGACGACGCCAGCCACUCGCAUGGCGGAGCUGUUCUGCUUGAAUCGUUGUGGACUGCAUUGGAAGAGUGGCUGGCCCUGCUGGCCCAACAAACGGCGGGCACCAGCGGCACGAGCCCGAGCGUGGGAUUGAGUGUCGCGCCAGCAGUGCUGGUCACGCCAGAACCGGGUAUUGCACCGUCGUCCGUCGCCACUGGCCCAGACUCUCCCGCCACUGGCACAGACGCUCCCGCUGAAACCGACGCACCCUCGGCUCUUUCGAGUCGAGCUGCCGAGAAGCGCAAAAGCCGCUUGGCCGAGGACACUGAGCGUUCCGUUCCCGCUCUUGCACUUUCAACAACAUCGUCCUCGCCUCCUCAGAGUUCUACCGACCAUGCUCCUUCCGACCUGAUGCGUCUGUAUGCAGACCGACUUGCGUGCAUCAUCCAUGGCUUUUACUUGUGCUGCUCGCGCAAGAGUUCAGCCUUGCCGCCGCGUUUCCUCCAAUUCGUCUACCGCCAUUGCGCCACCCUCCGGCGAUUCGUCGAACGCAACCCCAUCAUAAUCUUUAAGCACUUUCAUUUUCUGCUCGACCAUAGCCUCCUUAUGGACCGGUUUAUCGAUGUGGUUCGGGCACAGCCGUUCGCCCUGCGUCGUGAGUGGUUUUUCGAAAACCUGACUAGCGACUCCCAUGUGGACGACAGCAUGUUCCUGGACGAGAGCAAGGUGAUGGUGGUCGAGCGUGAAAACCUCUUCCAAGCGUCCUGCGGUGCCCUUUCGAAGAAAUCGGCAGACGAGCUGCGCAAUCCGUUUGGCAUUCGAUUCCGCGGAGAAGCGGGCGUUGGAGCUGGUGUUCGCCGGGAGUGGUUUGAUUCGCUGUCGCACGAGAUUCUCGACCCAAACUAUGCCCUGUUUGUGCCCUCGGAAGACGGAUGCACGUUCCAACCGAACCCCAACUCGCACAUCAAUCCCGACCACUUGUCCUACUUUCGCUUUGCAGGCCGCGUGAUUGGCAUGGCGCUCUUCCACCGCCAGCUCCUCGACGUUUACUUUACGCGCUCGUUCUACAAGCACAUUCUGGGAAUCCCAAUCAGCUAUGCCGAUGUCGAGUCCAUCGACCAGGGCUACUACAAGAGCCUGCAGUGGGUGCUGGACAACCAGAUUGAAGGCAGCGAGCUCGAUCUGGUCUUUGCCAUUGAAGUGGAUAACUUUGGCAAGGUUGAUCUCAUCGAGCUCAAGCCCGGCGGUGCUCACAUUGCCGUGACGGAUGAGAACAAGGCGGAAUAUGUCCAGCUGGCCACCCAGCUCAAAAUGACGUGCGCGAUUGGACCUCAAAUCUGCUCCUUCUUGGAUGGCUUCCACGAGUUUGUCCCGGCUUCGCUCGUGGCAAUCUUUAAUGAAUACGAAUUGGAGCUGCUGAUCAGUGGAAGCAAAGAGAUUGACAUUGCAGACUGGGAGGAGCACACUGCGUACAAUGGGUUUGAAAAGACGGAUUCUGUUAUCAAGUGGUUUUGGGAGAUGGUGCAGCAAUUCCCAAAAGAUCAGCGGAUUAUGCUACUGCAGUUUGUCACUGGCUCUUCACGGGUUCCACUGGGCGGAUUUGCCAAUCUCAUGGGCGUUUCGGGGAAGGAGGCAUUUACAAUUAGCAAGUUAGAUGACAGCGUGGAGCGUCUGCCGAGCGCGAGCACAUGCUUUAACCUGCUCAAAAUGCCCGCGUAUUCGUCCGCCGCAAUGGUCGUGGAGAGGUUUCAGAUGGCGUUGGCUGGCGGCAGCAAGCAAUUUGACUUUGCGUAGCUGCGUGUUUUGGUGUGGUUGCGUCGUCAACCUCUUGUUUGUCGUUUCAUCUCGGUAUGAGGGAAAAGUUGUUUCAACUUUGAGCAAUUCGUACAUCUCUCUUAAGCAUGUCAAGGAAAAAUAAAGCGCGCUGUAACAUUGGCGUUCCAUGUGUCUGGC